AUGGACGCAAUCUUCUUAACGGAUGAUCCGAAUACCCGGAAACAGUUAAUCGGGGCGCUAGCUCAAUCUUUCGGAUGCGUUUACGUUUGUCUCUGGUCCUAUUAUUUCCCUCGACCUACGAACUAUUUGAUAUCAUUGGAUGGAUACUACAAUGAAGCUUCUCAAGAGCCUUCAACUUCUACUGGAAGUUUAGCUAGAAGCCUAUUCCAUGAGUAUCGACAAUCCAUUAUCCCUCUCCAAAAUGGGCAUAUACCGAGCAUGGCGUUCAUGAAUAAUCUCCCAUACUUGGAGAUUCGACCACAAGAUAUUCAAAGACAAACUUUCAACGACGCACAACGUCUCUUCUAUCAGGAAGCCGGGAUUCAGACGGUGAUAUUCAUGGGUUGCCGGAGCGGAGAGAUCGAACUCGGAUUGACGUAUGACGCUGCAAGUAUGAAAAUAGAAGCAAGUCUUCGAGAAUGGUUCCCUGAAGAUUUCAAGAAAAAGUCUUCUCCGGUCAACUCCGACUAUCUCCGGCCACCGCCUCCACCUUCUUCAUCAUCUUCUUCUCUUAGGUCACUAGACAGUCCCCAAAACGUCUCAGAAUAUUCCUCUCUCUUGUUCCCACUAAUCCCUAAACCUUCAACGACGACUGACGCCGUUAACUUUCCGUUACACCCGCGGUUAGCUCCGGUCUCAACAACAACAACGAGAAACAUGAUCCAUCAACAACAGCAAGAGUCUUUGUUCCGUAACCGUGAACGUGAGGAGGAAGCAAUGACGCAAGCUAUCUUAGCGGUCUUAUCGGCGUCGUCAAGUCCUCCGUCUACUUCUUCCUCGCCGCACCGAAAAGGAAACGCCACCGCUUUUAAGAGAUAUUACUUCAUGGUUAGCGGUGGGAGCGGUAGAGCGCCAUCGCCGGGUGUACGGAAGCAAAGUAUGAUGAAAAGAGCGAUUUCGUUUUACAAUAGGCUUAAUAUUCACCGGAGAAGGGAAAACGCUACUACGGGCGGCGGUGAUGGAAGCGGUGGAAGCGGCGGAGGGCGCGGGCCAAGCGCAACGCAGUUGCAUCAUAUGAUAUCGGAGAGGAAACGUCGAGAGAAGCUUAAUGAGAGCUUUCAAGCGUUGAGAUUUCUACUUCCUCCGGGAACUAAGAAAGAUAAAGCAUCGGUCCUCGCCACUGCAAGGGAGCAACUAACGUAUUUGCAAGGAGAGAUUUCGAAACUACUAGAGAGAAACAGAGAGCUAGAGGCGAAGCUAGCCAGAGAAAGGGAGAUGGAAAACAACUUACGACCCGAUGAGAGGUUUAAUGUUCGUAUAAGUAAUAUUCCGGAAUCAACAUCGAGAGAGAGGAUACUAGAUCUAAGAGUUGUUCUAAGAGGAGAAAACAUCAGGGCUGAUGCUUUGAUGAUAAGGCUUCUCGAAUUCUUGAAGCAAAUCAACAAUGUCAGUUUAGUAUCAAUCGAAGCUCGAACUCGAGAUAGAGAAGAUGGAGAUACAACUUUGGUUGUUCUUGUGAGCCUAAGGCUCAAGAUUGAGGGUGAAUGGGACGAAUCAUCCUUCCAAGAAGCAGUCAGAAGAGUUGUUGCUGACUUGGCUCACUGA